ACAGACUCAGUCUUCGCUCAGGCUUUCACAUAGCUAAUUCUUCCAGCGUCCAGCGGUGACAUCUCCUACAUGUGCUCAGCGAUGCAAUUUGUGGUGCUUUGCUGUUUGAUGCUGGCUGGAUGCCUUCCGCAGUCUAGGCAUGUGGAGGGAUCCAAGAUACUGGCAGUCUACGCAUUUCCAGGCAAAUCGCAUUAUAUGAUGCACACGGCCCUGAUGCGGGAACUCGUGGAGAGUGGCCACCAGGUGACAAUGGUAACCGCCUUCUCGCUGGAGAAGGAGCAUCUGGGCAGCAACUACACGGAGAUACUGAUAGAGCCCGUCUACGACUUCUGGCACGAUGUUAAGCUGAACUUUGGCGCUCAACAUUUGUUCGAGUUGACGCGUAUGACAAACUAUGAUUUCCUGAAGAUGCUGGAGAUCAUCGGGCUGAAGACCACAGAGCACGCUCUGCGUCAGCCCAAGGUUCAGACAUUGAUUCAUGCCAAGCAAACGGAAGGAGUUUUCGAUCUUCUGCUGGCCGAGCAGUUCUACCAAGAGGCAUUUCUCGCCCUGGCGCGCAUCUACAAGAUACCCGUGGUGACAACCAGCACGCUGGGCUACGAGAAUCACAUGAGCCAGAUGAUGGGUCUGAUCACGCCCUGGUCCUUUGUGCCGCACGGCUUUAUGCCCUUUACCGAUCGCAUGAGCUUCCUGGAGCGAGUGAAGAACUCGUACGCCUCGCUGUACGAGGAUCUGGAUCGCCUGCUUAACUACUUCCCUAAAAUGGAUGCCGUUUCCAGAGAGUUCUUUGGCCCCGUGCUGGGAGAAGUACCAAAGGUCAAGCAAAUGGAGAGAGAGAUCUCUGUCAUGCUGCUCAACAGUCACGCACCGCUGACCACGGCUCGCCCCACAGUGGAUGCCAUGGUGCCGGUGGGCGGCAUGCACAUAUAUCCCCCCAAGGCCCUGCCCGCGGACAUGCAAGCCUUUUUGGAUGGCGCCAGCGAAGGGGCCAUUUUCUUCAGCCUGGGCAGCAAUGUCCAGAGCAAGGACAUGCCCCAGGAGAUGCUGCAGCUAUUCCUGCAGGUAUUCGGCUCCCUCAAGCAGCGAGUGUUGUGGAAGUUUGAGGAUGAAAGCCUCCGCCAGCUGCCGCCCAACGUGAUGAUACGCAAAUGGCUGCCGCAGGCAGACAUCUUGGCCCAUCCCCAGGUUAAGGUGUUUAUCACCCACGGUGGGCUGUUCGGCACCCAGGAAGGCGUGCACUAUGCAGUACCCAUGCUGGGCAUACCCUUCUACUGCGAUCAGCAUCUCAACAUGAACAAGGCCGUGCUGGGCGGCUAUGCCAUUAGCCUGCACUUUCAGUCGAUCACUCCUGAAAUUCUGGAGCACUCCCUGCUCGAGCUGAUCCACAAUGCCACCUACAAGGAGAACAUCCAUCGCGUCUCGAGCAUUUUUCGAGAUCGUCCCCAGGCGCCACGCAAGAGCGCCGUCUACUGGAUCGAGUAUGUCAUACGCCACAAGGGAGCACCGCACAUGCGAUCCGCCGGCCUGGAUCUCAACUGGUUCCAGUUCUAUCUGCUGGACGUGAUUGCCUUUGUGGCGGCCAUAGCCUUGGCCGCAGUAUUGGCCGCACUUCUGGCCAUCCGCCUGCUGAUGGGCAGCGACAAGAAGCACAGGAAAGCCAAGGCCCAUUGAUCCAGAGUAUUAUUAUUUAUACAUUCAGAAUACAUCAAACAUAUUUCCAGCA